UGACAUAUUCUCCAGCAGAAAACCAGAGUCGGAUGCAGGACUAUCACGGGAAUUGUAAAAAGUGUGAAAUUGUUGGAAGCAUAGCAAUAAAACAGGACUAAAUCAAAUAAAUGAAGGAAAAUUUACACAAUAUAGUAAUAUAGCUUGCGAGUAAUGGAUUUUCAGAAAUAAAGAAAUUGUUUUGACUGAAUCGUUAGGUAGUAUUCGUUGUUACAUGUAAGGUAAUUAAAAGAAAGAAAACAAAAAUAGAAGCAAAUUGGUGAACUAAAUCUAAAUAAUGGAUGCACAUUAGACAAGUGACGAGUUUACCAACAAGUGACAAUUUACACAUUAAAUAAACACGGGAGAUUAUUGCUGCAUUCUGAUUCGUGGUAUCGUAAUUUAUAAAUAAAGUCUUAUAUCACAACCUGUAGUCAGCCAGUACGUAACAAUCAUUUUACGGACGUGGUUUCUGUAAAGAAAUAUAAAUGGAUAAGAACCAGCAGUAGACGGAGAUUUGUGUAUCUGAGAUCUGUGUAAUGAUAGACUCAACACAUAUAACAUGUAGAUUAGACGGCUGUUCAGUCUUAUUCAUCUACUAUGCAUUGCUCAAAGUUUAUGCUGGCUUGUGUAGCAUUUAGUUUAGGAGCUGUAUCAUUAGCUAGCAUUGCACUGGCCAUUUCUACGGAUUAUUGGUUACUUUUAAGUGAGGAAGUUCCUACUGCAAGUAUGCUUACCAUAUCCGAAGAUGGCUUCAAUGGAACGAAUUAUAGUGGUAUGCCGGAAACGUGGAAUGUCGCUUCGAAAAUUGGACUUUGGCGUUUUUGUAUCAUACAUGCUGUGGGCAAGGAUUGUACUCCUCUAGAUUAUUCCAGUAGUUUUAACAAAAAAGAUAAAAACGAUAAACAAGAAACAACCACAGCAAUCGCAGAGGCACAAAGAGAAGCAACUCCAGUCUUUCUAACUGGUUUCUUUCUUAUAAUAUGCUCAACCUUAUUCAAUAUUGUUGGAAAUAUACGAGGAAAUGUACUAACAUUGUUGGCAGCUGUUUUUUACAUAAACGCAGGUCUGUGUAUUGCAGUCGGGAUGGUACUGUAUAUAACCUUUAUAAACGAUGAAACUAGUCACGCUAAAAAAAGCGAAGAUUUAGCAUUUAGCUACGAAUACAGCUGGUCAACUUAUCUUGUUGCUUUGUGCUUUUUUGCCUCUCAAACUUCUGCUGUUGUGUGCAUAACAAUAUUUAUAAAACGCUUUCCUUCCAGUGAAGAUAAACUAAGGAUUAUCCCUGGAUUAGAGAGAAAGUUUUCAGUGCCUAUGGAUCAAACUAAUCCGACUAUCAUUCUAUAGCAAGAACAAUAACAGUUUAAAUUGUAUGUAAAUUUUUCUAUUUUUGUUAUAUGCCUUCUUACAAUGUAUUCGUGUAUAAAUAAAGUGUAUGUGCUUGUUCA